AAAGGGGCGGUGUCCCACACACGGGUAGAGCAGAGCUGGUGCGCACACCGGCUCCACUUUUACGCAUCGCUUAUCCGCGUAGGUGUCAAUGCCGAAGUUACCUCGGAUUUGGAUUAUAUAUAGAAAACACCACCUCCCUCUUUACAGUUGAAUUCCCUUUUAAGAAGAAGUGACGUAGCAGCAGCAGCAGCAGCAGGAGUGUGUGGAGCAAGUGGACGCAGAAAAGUUUCAGUCAUGGGAGCGCGUGGAUGGAGCUCAGCGCGCCUCGGGCUCGUCGUUUGUGGAUAUUUUACGCUUUUCUGCGGGGAGAUUUUUCCACAGGCCGAGGCGGGCUGCCGGGAGAGAGAGAGCCCGAACUGCUGCACCGGCCGGAACAACGAAUGUUUUGAGUACACCAAGAGAAAAACGGUGUGCUACUGUGACACCUACUGUCAGAAAACCGGAGACUGCUGCGAGGACUACAAGCGUGUGUGCCAAAUAUCUGCAGCCAUUGACUGUGUGGUGGGAUCCUGGGGUCCAUGGUCCUCGUGCACAUCUCCAUGUGGAGUUGGCAGCACAGAAAGGAGUCGCCAAGUGUCUGUGCCCCCUAGAAAUGGAGGCAUGCCCUGUCCUGACCUCAAACAGCGACGAGGAUGCUUUGGAAACAACGCCAUAUGCAGCACUGCGAAAGAAGUGGCAAAGAUCCUGCCUGAUUCUUUCAAGAGGAACUUCAAGGACCCUUGGAGGCGACCACACAUGCUGAUGAAGGAGGAGAAGGCCAGUUACUGUGUGUACCUGCGGGUGAAACAGGCCAGUGCAGCGUGUAAAUUCAAACUGUGGAGCGCUCAUCUGGUGAGAGAGAGGCUGGUCUGUGCAGAGUGUCAGAGCGAUGCCAUGUCUAAGUCAGACCGCUGCGGAGGCGACGGCCUGGACAACACCAGAACGUUCUGGGCUGCGGCCUCAGUCCCGGGCUGUCAUGGCUCCUGGGUGCGAGAGUCGUCCUCCGAGGGCUGCCGGUGUCCUCCCUACUCUGUGCUCUUCGUGUGAGCCGACGUGUAAACUCCAGACAUCCGUACGCAGGGACAAGAUUUCCCUCAACACCUCCUGCUAACCGUGGAGAGCCCUGCCAGCCAAGCCAGACCCCUCUGAUCCAGUUUACUGGAUGGGUAACUCAAGGAGAUCAGCAGCAUCCUGCCACUUUUUCCUUUCACCUCAUACUCUGUACUGUAUACACUAUUGCUAAGCACACAGACAUUCUUGCAUUUAUUUUCAGAUUUUACAGCCACGUUAUGUACUUACUCUCCUCCAAAGCACAGCAACAUCUAUAUGCCUUUUUACCUCUGAAUCUUUGCUAUCUACCUCCAUCAAUGCAAGUGCAUUUGUUAAUGCAUAAUGUAUAAAUAUAGAAAUAUAUUAUUUUGCUUUAUACAUUUUCUACUUUUGAUUGUUUAUGUGUUAUGUUUAUGUGUUGUCUAUAUAGCUACACUUAUUUGUAUCCAACAGUUUGAGCACCAAACAGCAGUUGCUGUGCCUAGUUUGAGCCCCAAUCCCAAGGGUCCUGAAAUCACCUGCAGGUUGGAGAAGCUGCAAACUGGUUCAUCCAAAUUGUAUCCACUGCUAGAAGUCCUAGAGUCAAUAUAUCUGUGUUUUACAGUUCUGUCCCUGUUACUAUUUCCUUUUGAACGAAAGCAUUUAUACCAGCAAGUCAAGUUGAAUAUCAGGUAUUAAUCCUCAGGUGCUGAGAUUUGUGUCUUUGUUUCCCAUCAAGCUUCCUCUUUCAUGUCUGCCUCUUCCGAUGGUCGGUCGCUGAUGUUUUUGAUAGUUUAAAGUGACUCAUAGCUGACAUCAGUCACAUCUGUUUAGACCCCAAUGUUGUUGGAGAGGAAAAAGAGCCAUUUAAGAGAAUUUUACAGUGGUUCUCUCUGUCCUCUGUGUCCAAGACUGAAAAAGAAUUGCUUCAUAGCUGUUUUCCUCUCACUCCUACGCCUGCUCAGAGACGCUAUUAAUCUCCCAUGGGAGUUUUAUCUGCAAAUUAUCAUCCAAUAUAACUAUCACAUGCAGUCAUGCCCACGAUACUCCCGUUCUAUUAACAGAGUCUCCUCCCAGCACUCUCCAGUAGCUCCUUCGUCUGCACUUGUGGCCUCUGUGAGUCAGUCGGUACGCCUCCCCACAUCUCCUGUACUGCUGGUUUAAGAGGAGGACCGGUGUCGUCUCAGUAAAGGGCUUUUCUCUCCAGGAAGCUGUGACUUUCUCUUUCUCUCCCACGUCUGUGUCUGUGUUUGUGUGUUUAUUUAUUAUAAAACAAGUGAUGAUUUUAUUAGUGCAGCACAGCAUACUCUGUACACUGUCCAUUAGUGAAAAUAAACAACUAUACUGUCA